AUGGGGAACUAUAUUUCGUGCACUCUCGCCACCCCUUUGAUCAAGAACAAGAAGGCGGCGAGGGUGAUCUUCCCGGGCGGCGAAAUCCGGCACUGCCAUGAGACCUUCAACGCGGCGGAGCUCAUGCUCGAGUGCCCCAAUUAUUUCCUAGUCAACUCUCAGUCCCUUCACAUUGGGAGGAGAUUCUCCGCCCUCGCCGCCGACGAGGAGCUAGAGUUUGGAAACGUCUACAUCAUGUUUCCCAUGAAGAGGGUCAACUCUAUUGUCACGGCGGCCGAUAUGGCGGCUCUUUUCAUGGCGGCCAACUCGGCGGCCAAGCGGAUAUCCGGCGGCAAGGUCAGGAUCCUGCCGGAUUCCGAAGGCGGCAGGGAAGAGGUGGGUGCGGCGGCGGAGGAAAGUGGGUCGAGAUUGAGUUUGGAGGGAGUUGAUGAGGUGUUCGCGUCGCCGGAGUUCAAGUUUAGGUUAUCUGUGUGCCGGUCAAGGAAGCCGGGGUUGGAGACAAUUACAGAAGAGCCCAUUCGUUCAAGAUAA